UAAGCCCUCAUUUCUGCUCUUGGAAGUCAUCAUCAUCCCAGCCAUCGGGAAUCGCCCCUACGAUGGCCAGUACGCAAGACUCAGGCCCAUUAAUUGAUGGUCUUGACUCGUCAGAACUCCCUGUGUCUCCCCUGCCAAAGGAAGAGGGUCACCAUGAAUCUCCCAAACUAUCGCACCCGCUCGAGCAGGCGGACGGUUCCGAGUCGCCCCGUGCAUCCAAGAAGCGCCGCCUCGAGACCGAAUCCGACGACUUGAUCCAUUCCCAGCCACUACAUCAGCAGCAACAACCCAUUCAGCACCCGCUAGAGCAAGGUGCUGGAGACCAGAUUGAAGAAGAGCUGGUGUCGGCGCUGGGCGGAGGUGUUGUUGUGCACUCUGUGGAACAUCCGGAGGAAAACAAGCAUGGUCAGAUCGAGGGUCCUGGAGACAGCGCGGUGGCAUCCGAAUCAAAUCCUAACAUUGACCCGGAUGUGGCUACAGUGAUCUCCAACAUUAUGAAUCAUUCCGAAAGAGUGGAGGAACAGGUCGUCAUUGGUCAGCAGCAGUUGGCGGAUACCUCGAGUCAAGACGCCCCCAAAGGCAUGGUGUUUGUCAAGGCGAAUUCGCAUCUGAAGAUUCAGAGUUUGCCGAUUCUUGACAACUUGUCCACCCAAAUCCUAUCCUUGCUAGCCAAAUCUACCUACCAAGACAUCACUUCCUUCGUGUCUGAGCCAGAUUCUGAGAACGGCCAGGCGUAUGCCACGAUGCGCUCGCUCUUUGAUCACACAAAAAAGGUCUACUCGUCGAAAAAAUCGUUUCUUUCUCCCAUGGAACUGGAGCUCACGGAGCCAUCUCAAGUCGAUAUUAUUCGAAAGGCCAACCUUGCGUCGUUUGUGUCAAGUAUCUUUGGCACCCAGGAGAUUGGAUUCUCCGAGUUAAACGAGAAUUUGCUGGACGUGUUUGUUCCAGAGGGGGGGCGUCUCCUAAAGCAGCAAGGCGCCCUGUUCCUUGAGCUCAAGACCCAGGCGUUCAUCGCAUCGAUGAACAAUACCGAACGCACACGGACAGAGCUCCUGUACGACCUGUUCCCAGAUACUCUAGAGCAGCAGCUACUGGAUAGACGACCCGGCACUCGUCAGCUGGCUCCCAGUGAAACGGACUUUGUGAAGCGGGCCGGGUCGCGCCGUGACAUCCUCCUUAGCGAUGUCAAUAACGAGGAGGCGAUGAAGGCUUUACCAGAUAAGUACCACUGGGAAGACUUUCUCCGCGACCUGAGCUCCUACAUCACAAAGAACUUCGAUACUAUCAACAAUCAACAGUCGAAGAAGAUCACGAAAGGACGCCAGCCAUCUUCAUCCAAUGGCGAAUCUCAAGAACCCCCUAGUGCCCCUCUCCAAAGCCAGUUCCCUGUUGCGUCCCAAACGCCCGAAGUUCCUGUGGACAAGAACAUGCAUGGCGAUCUGGUUGCUCGGGCAGCUCGUGCGGCGCAAAUUGCUUUGCAAGGCCACGGACUGAGGCGCUCCCAGCAGCAGUCCCAGCAGCAGCAGCAGCAACAACAACAACAACAACAGCAGCAGCAACAACAACAACAACAACAACAACAACAGGCACAGCCGCAAAUGCAUCAAAUGCAGCAAACGCAACCACAGCAACAGACUUCCCAUCCGGGACAGCAGCAUGGUGUGCAAAUCCUUCAGGGAUAUACCCCCGCACAACCAAGUACCCAACCGCAACACCAACAGAUCCCCCAACAUCAACCGUAUCAGCAUAGCCCGGCUCCUUCGGGAUACCAGCAGUCCCCCGGAACCUAUACUUUCCAGCAAAGCCCCAUGCAAGCCAAUUUCCAGCAGUACACCCAUGCCUCUCCCGUGCCUAUGCCACCACGACCUGGCCCGGGCGCUUCCAACCAUGGCUACAUGCCUGGCAUCCCCCACUAUUCACAGUCCCAGCCGACCCAGGUUCUUUACGAGCGUGCGCGCAUGGCAGCAUCGGCCAAGUCAUCUCCCAGCAGUCGUAAAUCGGGUCUGCCUAGCCAGCGCCGACCCUGGACCACGGAGGAAGAGAAUGCUCUGAUGGCCGGUCUGGACCGGGUCAAGGGCCCUCACUGGAGCCAGAUCCUCGCCAUGUUUGGUCCUGGCGGGACUAUCAGCGAGGCACUGAAGGAUCGCAACCAAGUCCAAUUAAAGGAUAAGGCGCGAAACCUGAAGCUGUUCUUCCUCAAAAGCGGCAUCGAAGUGCCCUACUACCUGAAAUUUGUCACGGGAGAACUCAAAACGCGAGCCCCUGCUCAGGCUGCUAAGCGCGAAGCCCGGGAACGUCAAAAGAAACAGGGAGAAGAAGACAAGGCGCAUGUGGAAGGCAUCAAGGGAAUGAUGGCUUUGGCUGGGGCCCAUGCUCCGCAGGUGGCCCACGGGCACGACAGCAUGUCUGCAUCACCGCUACCACCCGACCCGACGUUUGAUCAGACAGCAGAGCAGAAUCUGAUGCAGACGCUUGGACAAGAGGUUCAUGGAGACCAAUUCGGACAGCAUCAUCAUACGGACCCUUCAGCGAUGCACCUGGGGCAGUAAAGACGAUGGAUCCUGUAUAAGAUUGUUCGGUGUAAAAAAAAAAAAAAAAAAAAA